AUGAACGGCACUCAUACGUUGUACUGCUUUCGUACGGUUGCACCGCACAAGAUGAUGGAAUCGAAUGUUGCUCAGACGGGAACACCGUCUUCAUGUACGGGUCGUCAGCAGAUAUCAAUAACUCCUGGUGGCACUAGGUAUUGGAUACCACAGUGUGAUGAUCCACUUAAGCCUUAUAAGGGGCAAAAAUUCCGAACACUGGAUGAUGCAAUAAUCUUCUACAAGACAUAUGCGUAUGCUGUUGGUUUUGAUGUACGCCAGAGCACGUUAAUCAAGGCACGUGAUAAUAAGACUAUACUUUGGAAGUAUAUGGUGUGCUCGCGAGAGGGUUAUAAACACAAUACACAUGCUGUCCAUUCAGUCCCAAUCCCAACCGAUGGGCACGUAAAAAGGACGAGUAUCCAACCGUGUGGGUUGUGUUGCAAGGAUCGUGUUGCGUGUAGACGGGCUCAACGGGUAUGCUGUCAGCUCUUUCGAGGAUAGACAUAACCACUCGAUGACUUCUGGCGAAUGCAGACAACAUCUCAAAAUCAACAGAACCAUGAAUGCGGGACAUCAAAGUUUUGUUUUGAACUGUAUAAAGGCAAACAUAGGGCCUGUCAAAUCAUACAAGCUGUAUAAGGAAAUUGUGGGAGGAUAUCCCGGUAUUGGUGCCACCAGCGUGGAUUUCAAGAACUUCAAACGGGAACUCCUUGCUUACAUCUCAGGAGCAGACGCACAAUUGGUUAUCGACAAAUUCUAUAAGAAACAAGAGAAUAGCACCGCCUUCUACUUUCACUACGAAGUAGACGAUAAUGACUGCUUGCAACGACUUUCCUGGGCAGAUCCAAUUUCAAGGCAGAAUUAUGGAUCAUUCGGGGAUGUCGUAACAUUUGAUGCAACGUAUC